UGCCUACGGGAGGUGACAACACUCCCCUGUGCUGCUGGCCGGAGAGGACAUGGGAGAACUGGGAUUCUGGUGCCGUCCGAGUGGGAGGCUCGGGGCUUUCCAGUCCUUAAUUCACUGUUUUCUGUAGGAAGCAGUAGAUAAAGACUGGUUCUGAGAGAGCCCUUGUGUGCUGUCUCAACGGAAACCAACACCCAGGACCCUGAGAUGAGCUCAGAGCUCAGGGACAUCCUAGUCCUGCUGCCCACCUGGGAACAGCUGCGGCUGUCGGUGGAGGCCACAGCCACAGGACAAGAGCUCUUCCAGCAAGUGUGUGAUAUGGCACACAUCCGAGACACCCAUGUUUUUUGCCUCAGCGUGAUCAGAAACAAUGAGUAUGUGUUCAUGGAUCUGAGGCAAAAGCUCAGCAAAUACUUCUCGAAGGACUGGAAGACAGAAAUGCACAAAAGAGAUAAAAGACCCGGGGCCCCCUUUAUCGUCUUCUUCAGAGUGCAGUUCUACGUGGAAAACGGGAGGGCAAUAAGUGACAAGACGGCCCGGCGCCUGUACUACUGCCACCUGAAGGAGCAGGUCCUGAGGUCCAAGUGCAUGCACAGAGAGGAGACCUACUUCCUGCUGGCCGCCUGUGGGCUACAGGCUGACCUGGGCAACCACCAGGAGUCGGUUCAUGUGGGCAGGUACUUCGAGCCACACGCCUACUUCCCACAGUGGAUUAUCAACAAGAGAGGAGCUGACUACAUCCUCAGGCAUGUGCCCGCCAUGCACCGUGAACAGCAGGGCCUGAGUCCUAAGGAGGCUGUGCUACGCUUCAUCAGAGAUGCCUGCCGACUCGAGGAUGUCCCUGUCCACUUCUUCAGGCUGCACAAGGACAAGAAGGAAGACCACCCUACUGUUCUCCUGGGACUCACUCUGAAAGGAGUGCACAUCUAUCAGGAGACCGACCACGCUCCACAGCUGCUCUGGAACCUCCCCUGGUCACAUAUUUCGAAGGUGACAUUUCUGGGGAAGAAGCUUGAAAUCCAGCCAGAAGGGCUGUUGGCAACACGGAAGCUGCUGUUCCACACGGGCUAUGCCUGGCGCUCCCGUUACCUGCUGCAGCUGCUUCGCACCACGCACCGGGCCCACCUCAGCUUGCGGCCUGUCCUGCAGUGUCUACAGCAGCUGGAGGAGGCGGAAGAGAAGAAGCGCUACCGGGAAUCCUAUAUUCAUGACCCACUGGACCUGGACCUGGACCCAUGUAGGAGGGGCUCCCCAAGCAAUGAAGACAAUAGGAGCAGUAGCCAGCAUCCCCUCCACCACCUCUCACACCACUCCAAAAGCCAGGGCAGCUGCCACACGGCAGGCAUCAAGCCUAGCUCCCAGCACGGAGAGUGUGAGAUGUCUGUUGAUGAGCCCACAGUGACUGAGAGGCUUUGCGGAAGGACGUCAUCCAGUAGUUCCUGGGGCAGCUGCAGUAGCCAGGGCAUAUGGACCAACAGCAGAGUUCAGACAUGCAGCUGGCCUCAUCUCAGACAGUCCUAUGAGGAGGGCUAUUUGGUUCCUACGGCAGAGUUAUGGCAGGAAAGAGCCCAGGGCAGGAAGAGCCACAACACAGCUCCCCAGGGCCCUUUGCAGAAGUAUGGGUCAUGCUAAUCAGGACACGGGGCCAGCGAACUGAGGCCACGCCCCAGGUUGGGGAGUCAGAGGCCGACCCCAGGAGUGACCCAGUACACCCCCAGCCUGGACGUGGGUUUGUUUGUGUCAGUUUUCCCAACACCUCGUGACUACCUCACCCAGCGACACCUGGGGCUGCACACUGGUGAAACUGCUAGUUCCUCAAGAGGCCAGCGCUCUUCUCGAUGGCAAGAAGUUCAUAAACUACCUCUCCCUGAACUGGCCUGGUGAAGACCCAUCCCUGAAGGACUUUGUGGUAUGGGCAAGAGCCACUCAGCAGCCUUGAAGGUGGCUUGGUAGCAUCCAGCACCACCAGCCUUUGGCCAGCUCUGAGCCUACCAUAUCAACCGACUCUUCUUUGCCAGCCCACCUGUAAGGCACAGGGGAACCAGCUCCAGCAUUAGCCUAGGGGUGGGCUUGGGCUCUAUUCUUCCUGUCUCUGGCUCUAAACUCCCAGGAUUCUCAGGGGCAUUCCUGUGUGAGAGAACCAGGAGACCAGAGACUCACCCCAGCCCUGAAGCAGCUAGGCUCUUGUCUUAGCUGUGAGGGAAGGUGUCAUGGUGAGAGCUAGACAUUAGAGGGAGCCCUAUGACUGCAAAGCCAGCCUAGGCUCUGAAGACUCAUAACUGGCUGCUUCAGGGUCUCUUAGAUCACAACUCUAUUUCUUUGUCCCAUGGCUUGCUUGUAAGUGCUGUACCCAACUCAGAGGCCUCCCUUGCAAUAUGUGGCUCAGUUCCACCCAGAAACCCCACCACUGUCUAUGCAAACAAGACACCAUUGGAUGCAAUGGAUUAUUGUCCUUGAAGCACACCCUUCCCACACACCUUAGGCUGUGGAGGCUCCCUCCACCUGGCCAUGACAGUAUUGCCCAGGCAGUGGUGUAGGGCUCUUCGGGGUCUCCUCUCCUUACCACAGCCAAGGAGGUCCAGGAGCCAUUGAGCAGGUGAAGUUCCUGGGCUCUGGGAAGACCCUGGAGGAUGGUAGGCUGUCUACCCGGGGGGCCCUCAGGACUCUUCCUGUCUAGGGUACAAAGAAGCACUUGAUGUCCCUUUACUUGAGCAAGUGGAGACUUGUAUGUCCGUGCUGGCCACAGGUUCUUGAGGGCCACAUCUGGGUCCCCUUCUAACAUUUGUCAGAGUAGAGCUUAAGUCUAGCUGGCUGGGGAGGGCAACACUCCAUCGUCCAGGCCUACUCCUGUGCAUCUGGAGCCCAAGCAGAAUGUGUGAAAUUGGCCAGGCAGGAUGGCGGCUGAGGCAUAACUCACACAGGGGAGCUGGCUGGGCUGAGGGCUCCAUUUCCUGGACAGUGUGCUACAGAACAGACUGGGAACUGUGGAUGGAGGAGGGCAUCCAGGCUGCCCCAAGCUGCUUCCCCCCAAAGAUCAGUGUUGCCCAUUGGUACAAAGUGGGGUUAACCAGCCCCGACUGAGAGGUAAACUAUCUCCCAUUAGAACACCUCUGGGAACAAAAACCCUAGUGUCAAUGGAGGUCUGUGCCAGGUGUGGGUGCCAGGCAUGGGGCAGGACUAUGUGAGGACAUGCCCCCUACCCCUGACUCAGGCACACAAGCACACAAACCCACCACAUUCAGGGACAUGAAUGCAGACGGAUAGUGAUUAUCAUGACAUAAAGCUAUCUCAGGGAGCCAGGAAUGUAUCCACCCUGCCCUGCCUCAGGUCCCCCUCACCACAUAUGCCCCUGAAGAGUAUGAGGCAGGGUAGUCCCUCCCAUCAGUGGCAUCUCUACCCCUCAGGCUUCCGUGAGGUCACACUGCUCCUCCACGUCCUUGCCUGACCUCAAGCAUGUCACCUGGUCCUGGGGUUCGCAAGUGCCCCCAAGGAAGGAAAUAGCCCAUGUCUCCGUUUUUACAUGGAGCUGGCUCCCACCAGAAGUCAAAUGUGGACAGGUACUUGGCAGGGCCUAGGUCCCUGGCUUUCUCAGUGUUUUCAUCACCAUGGGGUUCCUGUGGAACCAAGGCACUACAGACAGAGUGGUAUGUGCUGUGUAGCAUGGCGUAGCAUGCCUACGGAGAGCAGACAAACCCAGCUCUGUUGUGGUAUGUCCUCCCCUAGGCCUGGAUGUCCCUGCCUGCCCUUCCCAGCAGUGCAUGGGCCAUUGUUACAGCUGCUUUCCAUUAUUUUUGGGAGCAGAGCAGUGAGAGUCCAACAGGGUCCUCCAGUCCUCAGGGAGCUGGCUAGGGCCUUGUGCUCAGUUGUCCCCCGCAAGUCCCCUUGGCCCAGGGACUGUGGUUUUCAAUGCUCCCAAGAGGAGCGGAGGCCAGUCCAACUCCCCCUUAGUGUGUGCUCAGCAGCUCAGGAUACGUGGAGGUCAGGACCUGUGCCCUGUGUCUUCACAGACUAGAAGGAGCCAAGACCAUUGGCCGACCCUGAGAAACCACUUGGGUCCCAUAAGGAUUCCUAUUUCUGUCCUUCCUCUGGGCCUGUGGACAGGCAUGGGGAACUUUGCCAAGUUCCUCCGGCUGCCAGGCUGCCCAGAGCUGCAGACUGUGGUCGUGAUCCUUAAGGAAUGGAGAGGACAAUUAGAGGCCAGGCUCUCCCCAUGCCUCUGCCUAAGAGGGUGCAAUGGGGGCAACAUAGGGGCAUAAGAAGGGGCUGAGGCAAAGUCCAAGAGUCUCCUUCCUAUAUUCAUCUAUGGGACUAGAAAAAAGAAAGCCACCAGUCCCUGUGGUCCCUGAGCAGGGGCUGGAACUCAUUAUCAGUUCUCUCCUGCAGAACGGACUGCCAUCGUGGCUGGUUCCAUGGCAGGGCCAGGCUGAAGGUACAGCUAGGUGUCCAGAUCUCGGAGUCAUGCUCAGCCAGCUACAGCCACCCACCAGGAGUGUUUCUGCAGCACUCGCUGCAGCUAGAGCCCACGAGCCUACUGUUAAGCCCUUGGUACCUAGUGUGGAAAGCGGAUGAGGAACUCUGGGUGGCUGUUUGUGGUGCAUGGCCAACAGAGAAGAGAAGAGCCUACACCAAAGCUCUCACUCCCCUCCUCAGCAGGUGGAAGCCAGAGCCCUGUUCCACAUCCCUCUUCUGGUGGGAGUGCCUUCACCUUAUGAGUGUCUCUGACAUGGGGUCUCAUGGAGGUUAUUGCCCAAAAGCCAUACAGCAGGGGACAGGCAGGCCAACUAUCCCAGCACCAAUGGCAACGAAGCUUCAGGCCUUCCACAGUAGAGCGGCAUGGUUGUAGUUUUGAAAAUGCACAGAUGAAGACAUCAGCUGCAUGUCGCUGGGAUCUUAUCCUUUCCCACUUCUUAUCAUCAACCUUCUGGAGAUUAGUGGUUCCAAGGGACCAUGGCAGGUGGGAUCUAUCCCAGGGCUUCAAAUGGAGAUGUCCUAACUCGGGGAUAUGAGAGAUGGCCACCAGCUGGAUGUGUUAUGGCCCACUGUAGGGCAGCAGGCUUCCUGCAACUUGGAAGUCUGGCUCACUCUAUUCUGGAAUGCAUGACAGAGUGAAGACAUCAUGUCAUGAUGCCAGCGUGAGCCAGAACAUAUGGUAUUGGGGCCACAUGGGGUCUAAACACAAAGGAACCAGCCUCUAAAUCCUAAUGCUCCAGUUUCUGAAUCUGAAAGGUUCUUCAGCCCUCUAGUAACAAGCUGUGGGGGAGGGGAAGAAGCCCUUGAAAUCCUAGAAACAAAAUGCAUCUGCCACACCAGGAAGAGGACAGGCAUUCCAGUCAUAUGAGGGGGUGAUGGUCUAGGGCCCAGCAGACAACAUUAAGCCAUUGCUUGGUAGCCGCCGGCAGUCUAAAGGGUGUUGUCAGGCUUGAGGAGCAGCUGAGUGGCAGGUAUAAGGGUGUUGUCGGGCUUGGGGAGCAGCUGAGAGGCAGUCUCAAGCGUGUUAUCAGUGGGGAGUAGCUGAGUGGCAGCAUUUGCUCAGGACAUGUAUGAGUCUGCAUCUGGUCCCCAGCGCUGCAAAACAAAAGACACUGCCCUCUGGAUUUGGUGUUUAUUUGCCGACAUUUUAGAGGUUGGGGCUUAGUGGUGUUUAAUCUUUCCUUCACUUAUCUUCAAGAACAUGUCAGAAUUUGUCAUGUUAAUUCUUUAUUUCUAAAAAAGCACUACCCUGGGACCAUCUGUCAAGGUUUUAGGCCUCAACAUCAGGUUGGAGAUGGGACACUAAUCUUGUUGUCUCAGGAGCCAUACAGAGCAGCUGGCUUUCAGGGACAUAUGACCAUGUCCUCUGCACUUGACCCAAGCAGCGUGUAGAGGAGUCUGGCUACCAGGAACAGAGCUAUGGGCUGGUGGCUGUCUUCACUCCUGCUCGCCCUCCCUGUGGCCCCUCCGAUGCUGCUGGCCUUGGCUCCAAGUCUCUGCCCUGAACUGAUCCUGGUGUCUACACUGUGUGAAACUCCAAAAUCUUGUGCAAAGCUGGGCAUAGCUGCACCCCAUUGUUCACCUUGCUGUAAUCACCAGAAAAUACACUGGGCAGAGAAGGCCAAUGGUUCAGGCCUUGAAGCAGAAACAAGAAGUCAGGGAUGUAAAGUGUCUAAGGCCUGCUGACAGCACCUUGGUCCAGUGUAAUUCCCCAAUGCUGGGCCCUUUGUCCUCCAGCCCUCUGGACUUCUGACACUUGGUCUGUGGACAAGGCCUGGGGCAGUAACACUAAGGUGGAAAGGAAAAGGCUCCCACAGAGCAGGAUGUGAGUGUCAGUGGGCAUAGUGGGGCCAGCUGCUCACUAGCAAAACCUCUGCCUUUUAUGAGAGCAUCCAGAAUUGGGGCAUGAAUCCUCUAGCAUGGCUGGGCCUUAGGAAAGGCCAGGAAAAGAUGUGGGGAGGAGGUGGGAGGUCAGGAGCAGUGUCCAGGAUUAAGAACGCUCAGCCUUGGAUGGAAGUCUAAGGCUUGGGGCAUGCUGGCUCAUUAUGGUGACAGCCCAGGAGGUUAGGGAGGCAUUUGAGGGUUUCAGAGCAGCAGGUCUACGCACCCUGAUUCUCCUCUCCUUCUACUUGUACUGUUGAGCGCUUGUCCUGUGGACUGUGAGGGCUGUGGGUAUGAGAGCACACUGAUAUGGAAGACUUCACGCAAAAGGGGCAUGAAGUAUCUAACUGCUCUGUAUUGCUUAUAUAUUGACUGCCUGUUGAAACUAUAUUUUGAUACAUGGGGUUAGAUCAGGUCCACUUACUGAUCAGCCUACUGACUGUG